UGGGUAGCUGAUGACCUGAACGCACCGCCAGAAGAACGAGCGCUGGAAACUCCAACCAUCGAGUACCAUCGCGGCUCAGAACCAACAAACACUGGACUCAAACCGGACAUGGUGUGGGCGGUACAGUGGGAGAACUAUACCCAAACAUUUCAUUCGGUGAAGUACUGUGACCAGCGCGUGCUGAUUCAGAAGCCAAUCUCAGACAUCCGAGUUUUGAGCCAAAACACACAGCGGGCGCUGUUGCUGUACGCAGACGCCACGGCAUUCCACAAAGGAUUUGCGGAAGAGCUGUUCGAUGUAUGUACAUCGCACCAGCGCUCAUACAACGCAUAUAAAUAA